GCGGGGCGCACCGCUGGCUGAUUGAUCCCAGCUCUGGCGUUGUUCAGUCGGAGCGAGAACAUUCUAGAGAUAUCCCGGCACCGCUCUCCCUGGUGAUACCGCCCGCCCCAGGACGCCGGGACCCGGAGGCUGCGGCGUCCGCCUCCGCCUCCCUCUCCGUCUGGAUAUAAGCGCCCCCUCGGCCCUGUUCUCCUCUCACAAUCGGCUUCGUCGCAGCCCGGGGCGAGCAGCGUUGGGUUUAUGUCUUUAUUGGACGAAAACGAGCUGUUGCGCAGCCACUGGUACCUGUAUUGGGGAAACAUAGCGUGCAAGCAAGAACCUUACAGCCUCAGUGGCGAAAAUUUUUUCAUGUCAGAGACCGAGAACUCUUGCAGUCGUUUAUGUCAUCCCGUCUUCUCCAGACAGAAGAUACCAAAAAACUGCAAUCAAAGAUCUCUUCAUCUUAUUGAUAAAGCUACUAAUAAGGCAAAAUGUCUGUCAACGUCAACCGCAGUGUUUCAGAUCAGUUCUAUCGCUACAAAAUGCCCCGUCUGAUUGCCAAGGUGGAGGGCAAAGGAAAUGGAAUAAAGACGGUUAUAGUCAACAUGGUUGACGUUGCAAAGGCGCUUAAUCGGCCUCCAACGUAUCCUACCAAAUUUUUUGGUUGUGAGCUGGGAGCACAGACCCAGUUUGAUGUUAAGAAUGACCGUUACAUUGUCAAUGGAUCUCAUGAGGCGAAUAAGCUGCAAGACAUGUUGGAUGGAUUCAUUAAAAAAUUUGUUCUCUGUCCUGAGUGUGAGAAUCCUGAAACUGAUCUGCAUGUCAAUCCUAAGAAACAAACUAUAGGUAACUCUUGCAAAGCCUGUGGCUAUCGAGGCAUGCUUGACACAAACCAUAAACUCUGCACGUUCAUUCUCAAAAACCCACCUGAAAGUGGUGACACUGGUACAGGAAAGAAAGAAAAGGAGAAGAAGAACAGAAAAGGCAAGGACAAAGAGAAUGGUUCUGUGUCCAGCAAUGAGACACUUCCACCCCCACCACCAGAGGAGAUUACUCCUCCACAGGUUGUGGAGGAGGAGGAUGAUGAUGACUGGGGUGAGGACACAACAGAAGAAGCCCAGAGGCGUAGAAUGGAUGAAAUCAGUGACCAUGCAAAGAACCUCACACUAAGUGAAGACCUGGAAAGAACCAUAGAAGAGAGAGUCAACUUGCUAUUUGAUUUUGUAAAGAAAAAGAAGGAAGAAGGUGUCAUCGAUACUUCUGACAAAGACAUUGUAGCAGAAGCAGAGAGACUGGAUGUAAAGGCCAUGGGCCCACUUGUUCUCACUGAAGUCCUUUUUGAUGAAAAGAUUCGUGAACAAAUCAGGAAAUACAGACGUCACUUCCUUCGUUUCUGCCACAACAACAAGAAAGCUCAGAGGUACCUUCUCCAUGGCUUCGAGUGUGUGGUAGCUAUGCAUCAGUCUCAGCUUAUUUCAAAAAUACCACAUAUUUUGAAGGAAAUGUAUGAUGCAGAUCUUCUGGAAGAAGAAGUCAUCCUUGGCUGGGCAGAAAAGGCCUCAAAGAAAUAUGUCUCAAAGGAGCUUGCCAAAGAAAUCCGUGUCAAAGCAGAACCAUUUAUUAAAUGGCUGAAGGAAGCUGAAGAAGAAUCUUCCGGUAAUGAAGAAGAGGAUGAAGAUGAAAACAUAGAGGUGGUGUACUCCACAACUGCCAGUGUACCUAAAGUUGAAACUGUGAAGCCUGCAAACAAUAAAGAUGAUGAUAUCGAUAUCGAUGCCAUUUAAAGUGAUGCAACAUAGCUUCCAGCAUAAUAAUGCAAACUUCUCUGCGUUUUCUGCCAGAAGUGUGACUUGUAUGUGCACAAGCUGAAAUGGCUUAACAUCCUGCUACUUUGUACUCUAAAAUGUAUCUUUUUACUGUGACUGGUCUUGUGUAACUAAGCCUAAUACAAGGAGUCAGCACGUCGGUGAACUGAUCUAGUUUGCAACUGGCAUGUUCAAUUUUGUUUUUCUAACUUGUGUUGGACACAUACUUGGAGCACAUUUAUACAGUUGUGGAAAUAAAGGAUUUGGUUUUGGUCAAUCUUCA